CAGUUUUCAAAUAUGGCGGACGCGCCGGCAGAUAUACCUAGCGAUGAAUCGUGCCAUCAGAAGUCACCCAAUGGCCGUGUUGAUUAUGUUCGGGAGGAAUAUAAACGUUAUAAACGAAAGAAACCUCCACCAGACUUCAGCGAAGUAAUCGAUUUCCGAGAUCCUUCGACAUUUCGUGAUCGUGUCGAAAAAUUCCAACUGCAAACACAAGGAAAAUGCGAUAAAAGUGAUUCGAAUUUCGGACUUCGAUGUGUAAAGGAAUGGCAAGUGUACGAACUUAAGUCGUGCUCAGGGUUUAUUUUUAUAGUAAACCCGUUUUUACAUGGAGCACAACAUUACUGGACAAGACGAUGUAUUGAAGAUUUUCCCCGCAAACCAAACGUUUGUAACUUGGAUGCGCAUAUGACCUUAGACACGAGAGAAACUGUGUGGAGACUCAGUCAGAGGUGAGAGACCAGACCAGUAAACUUUCUGAUAUCCAUUUUUAUUACAGUUUAAUUGCUUCAGAAAUAAUAAAGCUCAGAUUUUGAGAUUAGGAUAAUAAUCACAAAAGGAAAAAAUUUUACUUCGUUAAAUUUUCGAGAUGUAGUAGAAGUAAUCAAACACCCUCAUGGAUUGCCACCAUAAUGACCUCUUAAAUAAACAAUUUCUGAUUCUUUCAAUUUUCCACUUCUGCUUAUACUGAGCACAAAGGGUAAGUGAGUGAAGUUCAAAAGUCACCUUGUUCUGUGUAAGGUGUGUAAAAUUGUUAGAUUAUAGCAUUGAACACAAAUACUUGUCAAUACUGGUAUUUGGACCUUGGCAUUUUCAUAUUAUAUAGCAGCAAAAUUUUGGAAAUCUCCAGUUUAAGUGGGAGACAAGUGCAAGAUGAACUUGGGAUUUAGCAGUCCAAGCUUUAAACCUGCAGGGUAGUUGUGCUGUGUUCUCUGACAAGCACAUGCUCAACUUGUACAUUUCUUCCUGUCACCAAGAAGGUGAUGCAGGAGGUGGCUUGGUCGUAAUGGACUGUGGGACAUCUGGCAAAAUGCUGAGGGUGGGAAGGGGAGGGAGGGUAAGGAACUUGACCUGUGAUAGACUAAAAUCUGAUCUAGGCAGUAGUAACAAUUUUUCUGGUCAUUUCAUGGUUGGUUAACCCUUUAACUCCCAUGAGUGACCAAAACAGAAUUUCUCGUGACAGCAUCAAUGUGACAUCAAGUAGACAAGCCAUGAGAAUCGAGAAAAGAUAUCAAUUAGGGUAUGAUUAGUUGAUCCAAUAUCAAAUUCUCCAAACUAAUGUCAUAAGAUUUGUAUGGCAGACAGUAAGGAGAAUUUAUACCAAUGAGAUCUUGAGAGUGAAGCAUUUAAAUGGAUCACAUGUAUUGCAUGAUUUCAUGUUUUAACAGCAAUUUCUUAAUUCCUCAGGAAUAAUGAAAACAACAAUUUAAUGGACAAGCUCCGCUGGGUCCACCUAGGAUAUCACUUUGACUAUAACAUUGUCAAUUACAAGCCUGAACGGCAUUAUAACUUCCCAUCAGACCUAGCAGGCUUGACAAAACACAUUGCUAGUGCAGUUGGAUACCCAGACUACUCCCCUGAGGCUGGCAUUGUUAAUUACUAUCCUCUGGGGGGCUCCAUGGGGGGCCAUACAGAUCACUAUGAGUCUGAUUUAUCAUGGCCUCUGAUCUCAUUGAGUUUUGGACAAACAGCCAUUUUUCUUAUUGGUGGAGCAACUAGAGAUGUACGACCAGUUGGUGAGUUUGUAUCUUACUAGUUUUGAGUCAUUGGAAUAUGUAAACUGCUCAGUCUGGGUGGAUCCUCAUGGACCAAAUCUUGAAUAAGUUAUAAGUAAUUUUUAAUAGUUUAAUGGUCAUGGUAUGAGAAAAGAAAACUGAUAGCCCCUAAACAUUUUAGAGAAGGCUCUUCUACCAACAAUAUCACCUCUAAAUCAAGCAUUAAGCUCAUGAGAAUAAAGGAAAUGAUGGUAAACUCAAGAAGUUCUUGACUAUUAAAACAAAUUCUCCUUGUCAGUUGUUAUCUUGAUUUAACGCCAAAUUCUUGUGACUAAAAUACAAGGAAAUGUGUUUCAGCCAGAGGGGAGCAUUAACAAUCCGAUCAUGGAAGUUAAAGGGUUGAACAAUUGUAAGGAAGAAUCACUUACUGUGAGAAUUUUCUCUUGAUGCUAUGUGGGUUUUCUCCACAGGCCUGUUCACUGUAAUAAAAUUUUAAUCAUAAUUUUGAGACAUAUUGAUGUGUCAGCAUUGUGAGAGACAGUGUUGUGUGACUGUUGAGAAAGUUAUAAAAAACAAUUCAACCAAAAAUUUUAUAUUAUCGUUAACUUUUUUGCAGCUUUAUAUGUUCGUAGUGGGGAUAUUAUCAUCAUGUCAGGAAAAUCAAGAACUGCCUUCCAUGCAGUUCCGAGGAUUAUUAAAGUGGGAAAGGAAAAUGAACCUCCAUGUUGCCUCAAAUGGGAAGAUGGCCUCUUUUCAAGGGACGUCACUUCGAGAAACCCGGAUGAAUCAGGUGUCCUGGAUGAGAGCUCAGUAAUCCCGGGUGCUACAAAUAAAGACAUAACCAUAACCUCUUGUUUAAAUCGGACACAGCGAAUAGAAAAACCUUUGUUCCAAAAAUUCGGUGAUGAUAAAAUUAUCAGAGGAUUAGAAGAGGUCGGUAUUGAUGAGAGAAGGCAUAGCGAAAUCGACGAAGGCUGUCGAUGCGACCAACCUAAUUUUUUUGCAAAAUCUAUAGAAACUCUUACCCUAGAGGAAUGGAGAGAGUUUGAAAUCUAUCUUUCGAAAACACGCAUCAAUGUGAAUGUGCGUCAAGUGCAUGAAAGUGGAAAAACAGUGAGUUCAUCUUAAUAUGAAAACUCAAUUGUGAGUGGUUGAUAUGACUGUUUAAAUAUCAACCUUGGUCUAAGGGAGGAGCGCAUUUCCAAUCUUGUUGUCUUUUUAAUUGUUUUUAUCCGAGACGUUUAAUGGCUUAAAACGUACUUAAAAUGCAGUUUUAGUAAGCCCUCUCAGAGCAGAACAACUCACUGUGUUGCUUGUCUUCAAAGACCUGCGUAUGUU